CAUUCCAUCCAUCUCACACAUUCCAAAAAACAAAAAUACAUUGUGUCAUCUAUUAUUAUUAUUUGUAUGUAUACUGUAUUCAGCAAAAUGGGAAUUUGUAGCUCUUGUGAAUCAACAAAUGUAGCAACGGCUAAAUUAAUAUCACACGAUGGAAAGUUACAAGAAUUUUCGUACCCAAUUAAAGUAUCCUAUGUGUUACAAAAAAAUCCGUCCUCGUUCAUUUGUAACGCGGACGAAAUGGAGUUCGACGUCGUCGUUUCAUCCUUAAACGACAAUGACGAACUCCAACUUGGUCAACUUUACUUUGCACUCCCGUUGACCAGGUUGAGACACCCGCUUACACCUGAAGAAAUGGCUGCAUUGGCUGUUAAAGCAAGUUCAGCAUUGGCUGGUUGUCGUAGGAAAAAUGUAUCUUUUACAACGUUGGAAAAAUGUCAUACGAAGAGUUCUGGUCGGGUGGCGGAUGUUGGUGGUUUUGAGAGAACGAGUAGGCGGAGAAGCGGCGGUGGUGCGGCGUCAGGCAGUGGUGGAAGGAGGCGUGACUUUAUGGCAAUGUUGACCGCUAUACCUGAAUAAAUUGACUUUUUGCUAUUUAUUCUUAUUAUGUAGAAAAGAUUUUAGGAAGAGGUAAUUUUGUAAAUAUUGUAUGAAGCAAGGGUGAUUCAUGUAGUGAGAUCUAAUGGGAUUGCUUUAUUCAAGGGGCAGUUCGCAUCCGAGAAUUUACUUUUUGUUUCCGUUUUUGGGGUUUCUUUCCAAUUUUGCCCCUAAAUUAGCUUGUUCAUACUCUUCAAAUUAUGAAAUAGAAAAGAGGAAACAAAAAAAAGUUAUAAUA